GCAUUAAGCAAGUGUAGAGAAACUCCGACUGGGCAAAGUGGCUGGCGAGGAGAUUUGAGCGGUCAAGACCCCCUUCCUCGUCGUCCACCACAUCGUGCUCGCCCUUCGCGGCGCACUCCCCACGUCGCUCGUUUAUUUCUCCACGUUUCACUCGCUCUUGCUACAUCUUGUACAAGGGGAGUGAAACAAUGCUACGGCUGACCUCCGACAAGUUCCCUGUUUGUGAGUACAGAGAACUCAAGUCAAAGCGAAGUGCUAAUAUCUCUAUGAACUCAAGUCGUACCAUUUGGGGUUAUUGGGUAUACUCUCAGUGCUCACUAUGUGUUAGGUCGUUGCUGACGGUUUGCAGAUUCUACCGUUACCUAUGGUACCUAAUACGUAUCGCCGCUUCGCUCGCCUACCGUUCAGUUCCCCUCCCUGAAAACCCAACAUACAUUGCCGAAGAAGAUGUCACCAUUGUCGUGCCCACCAUUGAUGCCGGAGAAGAGUUCAAGGAGGCAGCACACAGCUGGCUCGUAGGAAAACCGAAGGAGAUUCUCAUCAUCACUGAGGAGAAGAUGUUGGGUCCGCUGCAGGAGCUUGCCAACGCAGUCGACCCCGACCGUAUCCGAGUACUCACCGUCCCUUAUGCCAACAAGCGGCUGCAGAUGUCACACGGUAUCAAGAACACGACGACAGACAUCAUCGUGUUCGCUGAUGACGACGCCAUCUGGCCACCCACAUUAUUGCCGUAUGUCCUCGCCUGCUUCGAGGAUCAGAAAGUGGGCGGUGUAGGUACUUCGCAACGUGUGCAACCCGUAGGAAAAUCCAUGACGGUCUGGGAGGUACUGGCGGCGUUCCGGCUCAGCAUUCGAAACAUCGAAAUCUCAGCCUCGACACACAUUGACGGCGGUCUUCCCUGUUUAUCCGGACGAACGGCCGCAUAUCGUACCGUCAUUCUCAAAGACCCCGAGUUCUUACAUGGGUUCACUCAUGACUUUUGGCUUGGCAAGUAUCAGUUGAACUCUGGCGACGACAAGUUCCUGACACGAUGGAUGGUGAGCCACGGCUGGGGCACGUACGUGCAGUGCUGCAAGGAGGCCGAAUUGCUUAGUACCAUGAAGCCCAACUGGCGCUUCUUGAAGCAAGUGCUGCGGUGGACUCGAAACACCUGGCGAUCGGACCUACGCUCUCUGUUCAUGGAGGGACACGUUUGGACGUCGCAUCCUUAUGUUGCUUACACGAUGGUGGACAAACUAAUCAAUCCGUUUACGCUUCUGGCUGGACCUGUUCUCGUGGCCCUUGUCGUAUGGAAGAGUACAAAACCGGUCGAUGACGGCGGCUAUCAUUUGCCGUGGUGGAACGUUAUUAUUAGUUACGUCGUAUGGCUCAUGGCGACACGGACGGCGAAACUGCUGCCGCAUCUAUGGGACCGGCCUCAAGAUAUCAUUCACGUCCCUGCAUUCAUUCUUUUCGGCUAUUACUUCGCCGUCAUGAAACUCUAUGCGCUGUUCACGUUACACGAAACUGGUUGGGGUACUCGUGCUGGUAUCGGUGACCCCACUGCCGCAACAGCUGCUGCAGAUAAACCGUCACCCGCAGAAGAGAAAUUUGCCCCACCGACGCCUGCACCACGAUACCCCGAGGCGGAGACCUACCAACAGCAGCCAGUCGAACUACAGACUGGAUAUGCGCGGUGACGAGGGCGAGCAUGACGAUCGGGCAGAACGAUCAUUUGGACUUCUUAAUUCUGUUUACGAACAUUUGGUUUCAGUAUAGCAUCAUCCUGGACCCUCAUCGCUGCCCGUCAAAGAUGCCGCCGAAUAUACCCGCCUUGCACAUCUACCCCUUUAUUGAAUCGACAUGCACCUGCAUAUACACACAUCAACAACACUCGCACGCACAGACGUCGAUUACUAGUGCUAACCCUCAUCGCAUGUAUUCCUGGCAUACAUCCCUUUUUUCCCUCCAUUCUGGACACUAUCUUAGAAGCGCAUUUUGUUCUUUUUUCUUCUGGCGUAUUGAACGAACUUUUUUUGUUGCGCCACCCUUCCCCGACGUCUUUGGCUGCUGGAUACAUCUUCAUCGUCAUUCCUUUAUUUCUUCGAAGGGUUGGGCACCUUUAUUCCUUUAGUUGUAUAUCGCAAUACAAUUUUUGCUCAAGGUCACAGACAACUCG